AUGUACAUACGGGCGCUAGCUGGGAAGGAGAAAACGCUAGGACCCGACCAUCCGUCAACCCUCGAUACUGUGAACAAUCUUGGGAACCUAUAUUGUGACCAGGAUAAGUUAGAUCUGGCGGAGCAGACGUAUAUGCGAGCGCUCUCCGGGAAAGAGAAAGCGCUAGGACCCGACCAUAUGUUAACUCUCGACACGGUCCACAAUCUCGGGAGCCUAUAUCAUCGCCAAGUUGGGAAGGAGAAAGCGCUAGGACUCGAUCAUACGUCAGUCCUAGACACGGUCAACAAUCUCGGGAUUCUAUAUUAUGUCCAAGCCAGGCUGGAUCAGGCGGAGCCGAUGUAUAUCCGGGCGUUAGCUGGGAGGGAGCAAGCGCUAGGACCCGACCACACGUCAACCCUCGACACUGUGACCAAUAUCGGGAACCUAUAUUAUGACCAAAAUAAGACAGAUCUGGCGGAGCAGAUGUAUAUGCGUGCGCUAGUCGGGAAGGAGAAAGCGCUAGGACCCGACCACACGUCAACCCUCCUCACUGCCAACAAUCUCGGGAACCUAUAUCUUUAUCACCAAGGCAAGCCACAUCAGGCGGAGGAGAUGUAUAUGCGCGCGCUAGUCGGGAAGGAGAAAGCGCUAGGACCCGACCACACGUCAACCCUCGACACUGUCAAUAAUCUCGGGAUUCUAUACAGUAAGCAAGGAAAGCUGGAUCAGGCGGAGCAGAUGUAUAGGCGAGCGCUAGCUGGGCGCGAGAAAGCACUUGGACCUGACCAUCCCUUAACCAAGGUCACUGCUGUUUGCCUCAGGAAUCUACGUCGUCCCCGGAGCAAGUUGGCCAAGGGGGGUCGAGUGUUUUGGCGAAAUGCAGCUAGAGAGUAG